GCUCGUGUGUUGUGCUGCUCUGUAUCUGCGCUGUUUACUCGUUUCAACUAUUUAAAGUUUAUUUUAUUAUUUUUAACAUCACAAAACAGGAUGAAUAAUGAAACAGAAACUGGUUCAUCUGUGCAGUGUAACGGGACCCACAGCCCCGGUGAGGCCAUGAAGAGGCAGGACUACCUGGAGUGGUCUGAGUAUUUCAUGGCCGUCGCCUUCCUGUCUGCACAGAGGAGCAAAGAUCCGAGCUCACAGGUGGGAGCGUGUAUCGUGAACCAGGAGAACAAGAUCGUAGGAAUCGGUUAUAACGGGAUGCCGAACGGCUGCGAUGACGAUCUUUUGCCCUGGGCCCGAUCUGCCAGUGACCGCCUGGACACCAAAUAUCCGUACGUGUGCCACGCCGAGAUGAACGCCAUCAUGAACAAGAACUCGGCGGAUGUGAAAGGCUGCACCGUCUACGUGGCGCUGUUUCCCUGUAACGAGUGCGCCAAGCUCAUCAUCCAGGCUGGUAUAAAAGACGUGGUUUAUUUAUCUGAUAAGUAUCACGACAGUCCAGAGAUGGAGGCCUCCAGAAGGCUGCUGGAUUUGGCUCGUGUGUCCUACAGGCAGUUUCAGCCAAAGAGAAACAAGAUCGUUAUUGAUUUUAACUCCAUCGAUCCCGCGGCGCAGCGCUGAUGUGAUGGACGCUGCAAACCUGCUGUUGCUGCUUGUGUUCUUAGGUUCUGCUGUAUUGGGGGUCUGUUCUUCUGAGAGAAUCAUUUACUUCUACAUGGACUUUUUUCUUCAUUUGUUAACAUUUUUCUUUGCGCUCUGUCGACCUUCUCGACGAGCUAGCACUUUCCUCCUCGGGGGCCUAUGAAACCGCGUUACUCAUACAAACGCCCCAGCACAUCCAGAGGAGCAGGAGUCGCCAUUUCUGUAUCAUCUUGUAGUCUGAGCUCCUGGCCAGUCUGGUAGCACCAGUGAGGCUCUGCCCGGUGGUGGAUUAGCGUUUCGGACUGCUGCGCCACCUGAGCGCCCCCUACCUGUAGUUGACAGACUGCCUAAUGCGUUUCAGGGAGCAGAUUUGUGAAGCCUUUAAGGUGGCCAGCGAUCAAACGGUUUUACAUUUUAAUGUUGUUUUCAUGUUUUCUGAAGCUGCUGAUUAUUGAUUUUGCCAACAUGUAUAUAAAAUCACUUAUAUAAAAUAAAAUUUAUGCAUCAAA